AUGGGUAUUCAUUCGUACUUCCAUGGGUGUUCAACUGUACAACUUGCAGUACUGUUGGCUUUGGCUUGCUCAGUUGCCUUUGCCGCAGACCCGAACCCGCUGCAGGAUUUCUGCGUUGCUGUUAAUUCCACCAAUGAUGCUGUGUUCGUAAAUGGAAAAAUCUGCAAAGACCCGCAACUCGCAACAGCAGAUGACUUCUUCGCAUCCGGGAUCCAUAUGCCCAGGAACACCUCAAACCCGCUGGGCUCACUAGUCACCAUCUUCAACGACGACGUCGUUCCGGGGCUCAACACUCUCGGCGUCUCCAUAGCCCGCGUCGACUUCGCCCCCGGCGGCGUGAACCCGCCGCACUUCCACCCCCGCGCUUCCGAGAUCUUUGUGGUGACAGAGGGCACCCUCUACGCCGGCUUUGUCCCCUCCAACCCCGACCACCGUCUCUUCUCCAAGAUCCUCAACAAGGGAGACGCCUUUGUUUUUCCAAUGGGUCUCAUCCACUUCCAGCUCAAUCUCGGCAACACCAGCGCGGUGGCCAUGGCCAGCUUUGGCAGCCAAAAUGGGGGUAUCACCACCGUCGCAAAUACUAUCUUUGGUUCAAACUCGAGCAUUGACCCUGACGUCCUCACCAAGGCCUUUCAACUGGACGAGGACGCCGUUGAACGUCUUCAAAACCUUACGUGGUUUUCCAACGCUCUCUAA